UUCUUUCCCUUUGUCGCUUUCAGGUCGAGAACAUCCGCUCAUGCCUGAACCUGGUGGAAAAGCUCGGUGUCUGCUUGGACGGCGUGUCUGUGAAAGAAGUUAGGGAGGGCUCGCUCAAGUCAAUCCUCGCCCUUUUCUUCGCCCUUUCGAAGUACAAGCAGCAGCUCAAACUACAAGCCGAGGCGAACAGGAUCAAAAAGCAGGACGACAUGAUUUCCAGGCUACCGAUCCCAUACCAGACGCCAAUUGGCCACGGCCAUCAGACGAGCAUACCGACCCCCCUUUCUCUCCGUCACAAUCAAGCAGUCCACCCAGUCAGCUCGAGCCCCCUGAAAUGCCCGUCGGCCAGCAGCUCCAGGUCGACCAGCCCGUCUCACUCCUUCAUCCCGACGCCGAGGUCGGCACAAAGGUCUUCCCUCAAUGAAAAACAACCUACGCCGACGACGCAGCGGGUCGGGACGACGCGGACCCAAGUGACGGCCCUCAGCAGCCCGUACAGCGCACCGAACAAGAACUCGAUGCUCGACAAGCUCAAACUUUUCAACUCCAAGGAUAAAGCGAAACCUGUGAUUGGAAGUGCAAAAAGAACUUCGAGUUCCAGUGGAUUCAGUUCAGCAAGAUCCGAAAGAAGUGAUUCAUCGACAAGCCUUUACUGUGAGAGCAAGCCAAGCAUAGAGAAAAAAGAGGUGAAGGAAGGUAGCCAGAAUGACCUCAAUAAAAUCUCCAGGAAGAAGCCUGCGAAGAUAGAGACGAAACUAGCGAAGCCGGCCAGGACAACGAGACCGUCUUCCGGGCCAAGCGCCACCCCUGCGAGCAUGCAGAGCAUUGGCAGAGUCCCGCCUCCCAGCAGCCUCAUCGUGCCCUCGCCGAAUCAGUCUUUCACUAGCCCAGCAAAUCAGCAGAAGCCUGCACAAUCAAAAAUAAUACAACCGCAGAAGAGGCCCGAUAGUCCUACAACGAAAGAAAAAGAAGGCGUUCUUGUCGAACCAGCGAAUCCACCUCCACCUCCUGCACCCUCUUCAAAAUCGAUGGAGAGCCUAGCUAACAUUAGCGAGCCAUUAAGGGUUACAGGGGGUGGGACGUGCAUCCCAAAAGCCGGUGGCAUGGGUGGCAUACCGAAACCAACAGCUAUUGUCAAAGGUUUCAUCAAACCGACCCACCCAGUGGCACCCAUGCCUCCGGCGCCUGCCCCCGAGCCAAUGUAUGCCUCCAUCGAGAAGGAAAAGCUUCAAGCUGUCCUAGAGGUGAGCCAUGAGCGGCAGAACAGCAUCGAAGAAGCAGAAGAAGCUGUCGCUUCAAUAAAACCAAUGCAGCCACUUUUACCUGGCUACAAUAAACGAACGAUUGCCAUAUCACCUAGGACAAUCCCAGCGAAUAGAAAUAGAGGAUACAGACCUUUAGACACAUACCCUAGAAGUAAUACCGAAAGAAACUUUAUCGAGUGCGAUUACAGAAAUCCGUCUUCCAAUUCAGGGUACAUGUCUGAUGGUGAAGUUCUCCAUUCUAGUAAAACUCUUGACAUUGCUGACGGCUACAUGUCAGAAGGCGGUGCAUCACUAUACCAAAAGAUACAGUUACAAAAAAAUACUAAAACCAAUUCAAGUGAUAGUAAAGACCAAAGUUUUUCAAUAAAACAGAAUUUAAACGAUAAAGAAGAGUCGAAAGAUUUGGGAGAAGCUAAUGCAUCUGUAGAACUGUCACAUUCAGAGAAUCCUCAUCAUAAACAACGAGUGCCAAACGGAAGUGGUAGCGGUGGGGUUGUGCGGGAAGGGGUCGGUUCCCUCUCACCUGCCCAGCCCCACCCUGUCGUCUACAGAGUUGUCAGCUCUAGGCAUAUCAAGAAAGCCGAUAGCAGCCAGCAGACAGAAAACAGUGCCUUUAGACAAGUGUCUUCGAGUCAGUGGAAGGGUAACGGGAGCUUGCCCAGAGGUGAGAGCAGGACCGAAUUGGAAGCAAGGGUGCCAAGAGACAAGAGGAGUCAAUCUGCAGCAAACGGACUUCAGAGGAAGCAGGAAAAGAAGCGUACAACUGGUUCAAAAGAAGAAUUAGAUGAUUUUUGCAAUGGUGAGCGCUCAAGUAAGGGUAGCAGUAGCGGUAGCAGCUGUAGUAGUGGUGGCGGUAGCAAAGGGAAAGUACGAGGGCCCCAUCAAGGCUUUGGCUAUGUCAAAAGGCCGAGCACAAACGGGACUCCAAAAGACACCAGGACAGCUCAAGUCCAAGCUGUCUCUCGGACCAAGGUGAAGGUCUCGGGCGGCACGCAGACUGAGUACUCUGGCCCUCAGCUAUCAGCAGGCGUGCGUGAGCGACUCAUGAUGAGCUCGCCGAAGACACACCCCGGAAGGCAUACAGACACGGGAUCUCUUUCGGACUCCAAUUACGCUGAGAUUCCCAGCCCGUACAGCUCGUGGCUACGACACAGCAGCGCUUACACAUCUUCCCUACCUGCCAGGACCAGCGCUGCAGGUACGAUGGUAGAAGCUGAGAGCAUAGAGUCACUUCCGGCGCAACUUCAUCACAGGGCAAGCCUAACACACACACGUCUUAUGGGCUCACCGUCAACUGCUCCGAGAUUAAGCAGAAGUAAUAGCAUAAGCUACCUCAGAGAUCGGACUUUUCCAAGGUCGACCAAGUCUGAAAAAAUGUAUCCGUCGAUGUUCCAAAGGUCAGAAGAGGUAGAUCCGUACUACAGCAUACCAUACAGUAUUGGCAUUUCACCGCACCAUCACUCAUCCCAACCCACAAGCCCGACACCGAGCCAAGUCUCCCAUGGUGCUCCGAGCAGGUUUAACUAUCCAAUUUCACCUAUUAGUUCUUCACCUUCCAGCCAUGGUAUGAACAGAAAUUCACCUUAUAUCGGUAUCAUGUCAAAAAUGAACUCUAAGGAUGACGAUGUUCACGGCUCGGCUGUGAGCCUUGUCUCAACGACCUCGUCUCUUUACAGCACACCAGAAGAAAAGCAGGCACAUGAAGUCAGGAAGUUACGCAAGGAACUGUCCGAUGCUCAGGAAAAGGUCCAUACCCUUACGAAUCAGCUCUCAACUAAUGCCCACGUUGUUUCUGCAUUUGAGCAGUCGCUUUCAAACAUGACACAAAGGCUGCAGCAGCUUACAGCAACUGCCGAGAAGAAAGACUCAGAAUUGCUCGAACUGAGGCAGACGAUCGAGCUCCUGCGGAAGCAGAGUGUUGAGGCAGGUCUAACCUCCCAAUCACCAUCUUUGGCAAGGCGGCACACCAUCAACACGACAGACCCCCCGAAUGAAACAAAUAUCUCACGACAGCUGUCAACCGAUUCUGUCUCGAGUCUGAAUUCGCUAAGCUCUACUUGCAGCCUUUCAAGCACUCCUCUUCAACAAGAAACCGAAAAGAAGAAAAAGCGUGGAUGGUUAAGGAGUUCAUUCAACAAAGCCUUCUCCAGAAGUAAGAAAAACCGAAAUGGUUCGGUAUCAUCCGAUGCCGAAGAUAAAGUGGACAUAUCUGCGCCUUCUUCCCCACUGCUCCACCAUGUGAGCCACAUGAAUGGUACUAGUGUAGACAGCCAAGUCAGUCAUUCUCCCACUGAAGAAAGCAAGGAAUCUGGUCCUGAUAUCGUUGAAGAACUAAAGAAACAGCUCAGAGAGAAAGACCUUGUGCUCACCGACAUCAGGCUUGAAGCUUUAAGCUCAGCACAUCAGCUCGAAUCGCUCAAAGACACCGUCAUCAAAAUGAGGAAUGAGAUGGUCAACCUUAAACACGAUAAUGAAAGACUACAAAGGCUUGUUACAAGCAAAUCACUUACAUCGUCCCAGUCAUCACUUCCUAGGAAUGACAGCCUUGAAAGGCGGUUCAGCAUGAAUGACGCCAUUCCUGAUUCUAAGUACGAUAUGUUUGCUGGAGAUCCUGAUGGAAAACGAGUGACCUUAAAUGUAUACCUCGGAUGUCAUGGAAGUUACCAUAGGUACAUAGAAGAUGGUGCAGAAUGCUCAAUUGCUUCACUAUCCGUGAGUGGAAAGACCAAGUGGGAAAUGCUUGAUGCGAUGGUUAGGAGAGCUUUCAAAGAUUAUAUCGAAAGAAUUGAUCCAGUUGGUGGUUUGGGCCUCAGUGCUGAUAGUUUGUGGAGUUAUCACAUCGGAGAAAUAGUAAGAUAUAAAGAAAGCAAACUUCCCGAACUUCUCCCAUGUGGAUAUCUUGUAGGAGAUGUCUCUUCCAUAAAAAUAUGUUUAAAAGGGGCCCUUCAUUCCGGUAACCUGGACGCCCUUGCUUUUGACACACUUAUACCAAAGUCAAUUAUCCAGAGAUAUGUCUCGCUUUUAACUGAGUACAGAAGGAUAAUUCUAUGUGGCCCCAGCGGCACUGGAAAGUCCUAUCUGGCAAACAAGUUAGCCGAAUUUCUAGUCAUGAGGGCGGGCAAGGAGUCCACCGCUGAGUCGAUAGCUACGUUCAAUGUGGAACACAAGAGCAGCAAAGAUUUGAGGCAAUAUCUGGCAAACAUUGCUGAACAAUGCGAGACGAAUGCUGCAGACCUUCCCUCCGUUAUAAUUCUAGAUAAUUUACAUCAAGCCUCGAGCCUAGGCGAAGUCUUUAAUGGUUUUCUAAAGGCCAAAUACUCAAAAUGUCCAUUUAUUAUCGGCACAAUGAACCAAGCCACUUGUUCGACGACGAAUCUACAGCUUCACCAUAACUUCAGGUGGAUCCUUUGUGCAAACCAUAUGGAACCAGUUAAAGGCUUUUUAGGAAGAUAUCUGAAAAGAAAACUUAUAGAAACAGAAGCAAAAGCAGGAGCGAGAAAUCCCGAACUCUCUCGAAUAACAGAAUGGGUUCCGAGAGCGUGGCUUCAUCUUAAUCAAUUCUUAGAAGCCCAUAGCUCGUCUGAUGUCACCAUCGGACCUCGUCUUUUCCUCUCUUGCCCAAUGGACAGCGACGGAUCACAGGUAUGGUUCACAGAUUUGUGGAACUACUCAGUCAUUCCUUACCUGCUUGAAGCUGUCAGAGAAGGGCUCCAAGUGUAUGGUAAGAGAGCCGAAUGGCAAGAUCCAGCCCAGUACAUAUGCCACACAUAUCCAUGGGCCGGUGAAGCGGUACACGGAGGACCAGAGGCGCUUUUACGGCUCAGACCUGAAGAUGUUGGUUACGAAGUGCAACAGUCUGCCCAUGGAAAUAAUAACACCAAGCCGCAGUUGAAAGAAUCCGAUGAGGAUCCACUUUUGAACAUGCUUAUGCGUUUGCAAGAAGCUGCUAACUACAACAGUACGCACAGCAGCGAGGACUCCAACUCUGCAGAACAGCUCGGAGUGCAAUCGACAUUAUAGAAGAAACAAAUCAAUCAGUCCUUUGAAGACAAUAUUAAAAUAAAUAAUAAAUACUUGCUAUUUUCAUUGAUAAUAAUCGACUGAAUUAACUGAUUUCUUGUAUUAUAACUUUGUAGAUUUAACUUCUUAAAACGUUUUCAUUGUUCAUGUUACAAUUCAAAAAAACAAAAUUGGCCUUAUUGCGUCAGUAUUAAUGAAUAUUACCUUCCUGUAUAUUGUAUAUUUUAUCAUUAUGUAUAUUCUUAUACUAUCCUUUGCAGGCAAGCGCUGCAAGAUCUAUUUUUUUAAUUUCGUAUAGAGCUCAAAAAAAUUGUAGUUUAGUCGGAUGGGGAAAAAAAGGAAAAUUAUAG